CGGCGCGCCCGUCCUGUCGCCGGCGCGCGCGCUCCCGCGAUGGACAGCCUCCGCGUUCCCGAGCUGUUCGGCGUGCGCGGCAAGAACGUCCUCGUGACCGGCGGCGCGCGCGGGAUCGGGCUCAUGAUCGCGUCCGGUUUCGUCGCGAACGGCGCGGACGUGUACAUCGCGUCGCGCGACGCCGCCGCGUGCGACGACGUCGCGACGAAGCUCACCGCGUCGGGCCCGGGGACGUGCGUCGCCCUCGGCUCCGCGGACUUGUCCACGGAGGAGGGCUGCGCCGCGCUCGCGCGCGCGUUCCGCGAGAAGAUCGACGCGGGCGCGCUGCACGUCCUCGUGAACAACUCGGGGACGUCGUGGGGCGCGCCGAUGCGCGCGCACGGCGAGAAGGGGUGGGACAAGACGUACGACCUGAACGUCAAGGGCGUCUUCUUCCUGACCCGAGAGCUCCUCCCCGCGCUCGACGCGGGCUCGAGAGAGGACGACCCCGCGCGGGUGAUCAACGUCGGCUCCACGGCUGGUCUGCGCCCGCAGGUGUUCCCGACGUUCUCGUACGACGCGAGCAAGGCGGCGGCGCAUCACCUGACGAAAAAACUCGCGGACGAGCUCGCGGACCGCCGCGCCGAGGGCGGCGCGUCGAUCACCGUGAACGCGAUCGCGCCGGGGUACGUCCCGAGCCGCAUGAGUCAGCAGUUGGCGACGUACGAGGAGGCGAAGGAUGUGCUGAAGGGGGGCAUACCGCUGCGGCGGCGCGGGAACGAGAAGGACAUGGCUGGCGCGGCGCUCUACCUCGCGAGCGCCGCGGGGGCCUGGGUCACCGGCGUCGUGUUGCCCGUCGACGGAGGAUUCCUCGCGAAGCUGUGAUCGUCUCGUCUCGCGUCGUACUGUAGACUCUAGUGUCUAGCUAUCGUUAAUCGUAUCGUGACCUCGUCGAGUCGACGCUCGUCACCUUCUGUC